AUGUCGGACCCGGAUGUUACCCAGCAACUGGACUCGAUAUCGCACAGGCUCAUAACAAACACCCGCCUAGCCCAUGCGCCCAAGAAGCCUCAAGACACGCAACUGACAGCGACCAUCGCAGACUUGCACGUCCACCCCACAAUCGAAGCACUCUUGCAUAUUCUAAAUCACGACUUGCCAUCUGCCCACUUUCUCGUUCGCCACAUGCAAGCCCCGCCGGCUGUGGAGGGCAUGCUUCUCCACGGCAUUCUGCACCGUGCCGAAGGCGACUUCAACAACGCACGAGCAUGGCUAAGUGACGUCUCGGACGCAUGUGAGGGUUACCAGCCCAAACACAAGGACGAGGGGCAAAAACUAGAUCCAGAGGUCGCCAAACAAGUCGGCGGCAACGAGCAGAUAUCUGGUUCACUUGUCGAGUUCGUUUAUGGCACCGAGGACGCUGGAAGUCUUGUUGAUGCUGUUGAGGCUUUUCGAAGACAGAAGCAAGGGCAAAGGGGGGAGGAGGAAGAGAGGGAGAUUGAGGGGAGAAUUAGAGGGGAGGCGGAGAAAGUGAUGGAGUGGUGUAGGAGGAAAUAUGGAAGUGGAGUGUGGAAGGAUGCGACGAGGGCUUGGGUUAAGAAUAGUGAGGAGAUUAGUGAGAUUAGUGGGAGUAUGGUGAGUGGGGGGAAGGGGUAUAGGGAGUUUUGA